AUGCGCUGCUCCACUGUCAGUGAAUCUAACAUAUCCUCAAACAUCGCGAGUCAUUUAAACCAUGUUCAACCUUUAGAUAUUGAUCCCGGGCUAGACUCGUGUUCUGCUGAUCAGCCAAUAUUUUUCUCCCCUGAUAACGAGGAAUAUAAUUCAACAGAGGCUAUGAAUGAAGAUGCAGGCACGUGGAAGACGAUAAAAAUAGAUCGACCAACUUUUACUGAUUGUAUCCGUAGCUGCUGUAUUGGUGCUUCAACUAAUUCACCGAAGCCAUUAGAGAAAAAAGAUAUAUCCGAGAUAGCUGGAACCAGAAGUGAAAUUCUUCAGCCUCUGCGUCGAGGUGAACUGAUUCGUUUGGCAGUAAGCAAGUAUGCGACCGGAGCUGCACUCGUCUUUAUUGAACCAGGUAUGCUGGCCAUUUUUGCUUGUUUUGAUUUUAACUUUUGGUACUAUCCUGUUCCGUAA